CUCGACCAUUUUUUUUUCCUUAAUUCGGCUACGAAGAAUUCUCUCUCCUUGGCCCUUGCAGCUUGCUGGUCUCCAGAUUUUUUAUCAGAGCCUCCGAAAUUCGCAAUCCAAAGCUCGGAAGCAUCUGUGGUAACUCUAGGAUCUCUUUUUGAUUUCACUGGGUUUCAUUUGAGAUGUGAAAUUCGAUGUUUUUGCAAAGGAAAAUUCAAGAGAAUUUCUGUUAGUAGACGGUCUAACUGGAUGUGGGAGGAUUCUCAAUCAUUCUUGUUUUUUCCUGGGUCAUUUUAACAAAAUUUCGCGAAGGAAUCUCGAAAGGCCAAUGCGGAUUUCUGUUGAAGGGAAUAACUAAGGUCAUGAAAUAAAGAGGCGUUUUUGUUUGAGGAGAGCAGAACGAAGUCGAAAAGAUGUCUUGCAGGGGGUGCUUCGAAUGCUUAUUGAAGCUUCUGAACUUCUUGUUGACGCUAGUUGGGUUGGCCAUGGUAGGUUAUGGCAUCUACUUGUUAGUCGAAUGGAAGAGAGCUUCUGAUGAUACGAAUUCCCCUUCGCCUCUCAGCGACAAUCAUGAAUUUAUAGAGCUCGGUCGGCCUAUGCUUUUGGUUGUGUCUCUAUCUAGCAAUAUUCUUGACAAACUACCGAAAGCCUGGUUUAUAUACUUGUUCAUUGCUAUUGGAGUUGUUAUCUUUGUCAUAUCUUGUUUUGGCUGCAUUGGAGCUGUAACAAGGAAUGGCUGCUGUUUGACUUGUUAUUCUGUAUUGUUGAUUUUGUUGAUCUUAGUGGAGCUUGGUUGUGCUGCUUUUAUAUUCUUUGACCAUAGCUGGAAAGAUGCACUUCCAACUGACAAAACUAGAGAUUUUGAGAUGAUCUAUGAAUUCCUGAAGAAAAAUUGGAAAAUUGCAAAAUGGGUUGCUUUAGGAGCUGUCAUAUUGGAGGCUUUGGUGUUCUUAUUAGCUCUUAUGGUAAGGGCAGCAAACCAACCAGCAGAUUAUGAUAGUGACGACGAGUACAUUGCUCCAAGGUCCACAGCCCGGCAGCCAUUAAUAAACAGGCAAGGAGUUCCUUCAACAGGGUCGCCUGUGGCUGGCUCCCUCGAUCAGCGUCCUAGCAGGAAUGAUGCCUGGAGCACACGAAUGAGAGAAAAGUAUGGCCUUGACACGUCGGAGUUCACAUACAACCCAUCCGAUCCGAACAGGUUUCAGCAAGCGCCAGCACAGCCAGCAGAGGAAAGGAGCCGUUGCACCAUAAUGUGAUGCAUCCAUUUGCCCUAGUGUCUGCCUAGAGUUCGGGGAGGACGGUUCUUUAAAAGUUAGAACAGGUUUUGCUGGAUGUUGGUGUGCAAAUUUCAAACUUGAUUUUUCUUUUCCCAGGCUUAUGUAGAGUACAAAAUUUUCAGGACAUUUUUAUCCUCGGUAUCUUCCGCUAAACAUGUUUCUUCUACAAACCCCUUUGCAUCCAUCUAUCUAAGAUACCUAACACCUGUAAAUAUAUAACUCAAAGGAAGGUUAUGAAUUGUCAUAGUAGAAUGUCAAAAGGAAGUUAAGAAACCA